UCCGCUUCAGUACAACCGACCACGUGACAAUAGUUGCUGCCUUCGACGCGAUUUUUCAUUUAUCGAAAAGCAUUUAUAAAGCAUGGAAACAUAUUUAUAAGGAUGGAGGAAUCAUUGGAUCGUGAAGCGAACGCCAGCGCGUCUGGCUUCGAUUCUGCAGCCAUUUUAAAUGAUGACGUCUCACCCACCACUAGCUUCUGUUAUAAUAUACCAAAUCUCUUUAAUGGUCUAGGCCCCGGAUCAGUUCUUUGCGAGCGUCCUGACGCAGAGGUAAACGACACGUACACUUCUAACCCGGAACCCUCAGAUGAGACCGGGGACAACCAGCAGUACGAAGAAGAUGAGGAAUAUUCACCUAACAGUUCAAAGAACGACAUCCCGAAACGAAAACAACGGCGUUACAGGACGACAUUCUCGAAUGUCCAAUUGGAGCAGCUGGAGGCAGCUUUCCAUAAAACUCACUAUCCCGAUGUUUUCUUUAGAGAAGAACUCGCGAUGAGGAUAGAUUUAACAGAAGCUAGAGUUCAAGUAUGGUUUCAAAAUCGGCGCGCAAAGUGGCGUAAACAGCAGAAAGCUGGUUGUGAGCCAUAUCCUUCUCGAUCUACGAGAUCUCCAGACCCCAGAUCUCCAUCAGCUCUAGCGCUUGAGAUGAGAGACUUCAUCACCAUACCGGUGUCAUCAUCACAAAUAAUAAAUUUGGCUGAAACAUCGAAUCCAAACAACUAUAUGUCAAAAGCGAAGCAACAAGGACCAGCCAUACACAUAUCAGCGCUACCAACUCGACAGAACAGCCAAGUUGAUCUACCGUCGUUUUCAAUACCACUUCAAUACAACUUAGGAUCAUUCAAGAAGUUAGAAGAUGCACAGAUAGAUGUAGAAGCUUCAACCUCGGAUCAUCAAUCUCAGAAUCCUUGGGAUACAAGAAUGAUGCCAAAUUUUAAUUUAAUGAACAUAAAACCGCUUUUAGAAAAUCGAGAAAAUUUAGAAAUGGCUGAAGUAAAAUAUGAAGUGAAAAACGAAAACGUUAGAUCUUAUAAUGAAAUAACGAAUUCAAUUCAAGCUUCAUUAGAACCUGAUGAUAUUCUAGGCAAGGAAUCCGUGUUAGAAGGUCAGACGAUAUCCCCAGAUUUCGAAAUUGAAAGAUACCAAAAUUAUCACAAUGAAACCGAGAAACGGUAUAGGGAUUCAAGUUUUGAUGAUUCCAUGAUAGAAGACGGUAGAAAUGAUUUCGUAUGUGACAGUGAUUUUCUUUGUAAGAGCAAUUAUGAGAAAGUCGAUGAGAAACGAAACGAUUUCGAAGAAUGUCAUUUAUUAGACACAGAUAACAGCGUAGCUGUCAACAUUAGUAAUUUCGAAAGCAAUCUAUAGUUACCUAAACAUUCAAUGUUUACUAAUAAUUUUAAACACGUUAUUUUUAAAUAUAUUAUUUUGUUAAGUCAAUAAACGAUUCUAGUCAA